CGGGAUCAUUGUGUUUGAGGCGGUAGAAGAGGGAAGUCGUAAGCGAGAGAGAGAGAGGGGGAGAGCGAGAGAGAGUGGAAAGAGAGAGAGACACAGAGAGAAGGACACAUAGAGAGAAGCAAGAGAUUGUAAUGAAGAUGAAAGUUUGGAGUUUGCUGUCCACUCUCUGUAUCUUAGCCCUGGCUAUGGGGUCGGAGUGCGAUGGGCAGAAGACUGCUCAGCCCCAGCGCUCCAAACGUGCGCUCCGUCUGGCUGUGGAUCACCGCGCUGGCCCCGGCACCGACUCCACGGGCUCAUGUGGCACCAGGGUUACCCGCGGCAAGCGAGCGGUGCCCCGGCCGCGCUCCGACCAUCCGCUCCGGCAGCAGCAGCCGCCUUCCUAUCAACAGCAGCAGCAGCAGCAGCCGCCGCAGUCACCGCCGCCGUCAGCCCGCGACCGCAACCCGGGAAAAUUACUCUACUUCGCCGGCACCGGCAACCAGCUGCGACUUCGGACGACCACCGAGAUCCCCCGGCAGCGGUUCACUCUGGAAGUGAGGGUGAAACCAGAAGGAGGGCAACGUUCGCCAGCUGUCAUUGCAGGACUCUACGACAAAUGCCCUUGCACACUGCGGGACAGAGGAUGGGGAGUUGGCAUCCAGUCGGCGGACGGCUUGGGCAAGAGGGACCCGCGGUUCUUCUUCAGCCUGAGGACGGACAGAGCCCGCAAGUUGACCACCAUCAUGACCCCGCAGAAGUACCAGGCCAACCAGUGGGUCCACUUGGCCGCCAGCUACGACGGGCGGGAAAUGAAGCUCUACGUAAACGGGGCCCAGGUGGCCAGGAGCAGCGAGCAGGUGGGCGACAUCUUCAGUCCCCUCAGCAAAAAAUGCAAGGCUCUCACACUCGGGGGGAACUUUCAACAUCAGAACUUUCGUGGCUAUGUCACCGACUUUAGCUUGUGGGGCGAAGGCAGAACUCAGCAGCAGAUAAUCCAAGAUAUGAAACACCACGCUCAAGAUACUAAUGGGCAGGUCCUUUAUGACAACUUUGAGGAUGUGAAGAGGCACUGGCUGACUGUGAAGGACAGCAAAUACCCUCGGGCAGAGCUGAAGCAUUACGUUGACUGGGUGUCAAGCACUAACCUGGAACCUCCACCCUGUGGCCAAACUGUGUGUGACAACAUGGAGGUCACGUCGAGCUACAACAACCUCUUCAACUUUCGCAAGAUGAAGACAGUUCGCUACAGGGUGGUCAACAUCUGCGACGACAACCGGCAGAAGACCACCGUUACCAGAGAGCAGAUCCAACUUCAGCACCGGCACCUAAACAGCGCCUUCGAGCGGUACAACAUCACCUGGGAUAUUACAGUUCUGGACGUGAAGAAUUCCUCUCUGAGGGACCGUCUUAUCUUGGCCAACUGCGAUAUCAGCAAAAUUGGGAACGGGGACUGUGACCCGGAGUGCAAUCACACGCUGACCGGAAACGAUGGCGGUGAUUGUAAACCGCUCAGGCGCUCACCUCUGUUAAAGAAGAAAGGAAAUGGGGUGUGUGAUAUGGAAUGCAAUGAUGAACUGUACAACUUUGAUGAUGGUGAUUGCUGCAAUCCAGCGGUGACUGAUGUAACAAAGACAUGUUUUGACCCAAAAUCACCCUACAGGGCGUACUUGGAUGUAAACGACCUGAGGAACAUCCUGAAGCUGGAUGGUGCAACGCAUCUCAACGUAUUCUUCGCCAAUUCUUCGGAUGAAGAGCUAGCCGGGUUUGCUACAUGGCCAUGGAAUAAAGAAGCCCUCACACAUCUAGGUGGCAUUGUCCUGAAUCCUUCGUUCUACGGCAUCCCUGGACACACCCACACCAUGAUCCAUGAAAUCGGCCACAGCCUUGGGCUCUACCACGUGUUCAAGGGGAUCUCUGAGAUUGAAUCCUGGGAGGAGCUGGGUCCGGAGCGCGGCGGCCGAUUACCUAACAGGGGGUCGAGCGGGGAGUCGGACGGGUCGCCACAGAGUUUUGGAGGCGAGUUGUAUAGGGAAUGUGAGCUUCCAAUGGAAUGCUUGGGAAAGCAGCGGGUUCGAUCUUGUCCGAUUUACAGUGUGGUGGGAUCAGUCUGUGAUGCCUGCACAGAACAUGGUGAACUUGUCCAGUAUGCCUUCAACGCUUCUUCCCCAAGACCUUGUGAUCCUUCCGGACAUUGGAGCCCCAGAGAAGCAGAAGGACCCCCUGAUGUAGAACAACCUUGUGAAAACUGUGUGAAAACAUGGAGCCCGGAUGCUGGUGUUGAUGUGAAGACGGUCCCUCCGAGCUGUCCAGAAGCUCAGGGCUGCUACCUGGAAUUGGAGUUCCGCCACGCAUUGAUUCCCGACUCCCUGACGGUCUGGGUCACCUUUAUUGAAGACGACACUCACGAAGCCAUCCACAAUAUCAAGCUGCUGACAGUGAGCGGAAAGGAAAUCUCGCUCGGGGCCCAGAAAGUCUUCUGCGAUGUCCCCAUCACCCUCAAGCUCAUGGUGACGGAGGAGGUCUACGCCGUGCGGCUCUACACCCUCGACGAGCAUCUGGAAAUCGAUGCUGCUAUGCUGACGUCAGCACCGCACAAUGUUUUAUGCGGAGAAUGUCGAGCCAUCCGGUACAAGAUCCACCGCCAUCCACCGUUCCAGCAGGGAGCCACCGUCACGGUGACCGACUUGAGCAGGAAAUUUGAAGAUGUAGACGUACAGCCCAACACUUUGUACACGUACCAGGUGGUGGUGGCCAAGGGCUUGGAAGAGAGUGAACCUUCCCCACCGCUCAGCCACGUGCAUGGAGCAGCCUACUGUGGAGACGGACUGAUCCAGAGACAUCUGGGAGAGGAAUGCGAUGACCAGAACAAAAUGAAUGGAGAUGGCUGUUCCAGUUUGUGUCGGCAGGAGACAUCUUUCAACUGCGUGGAUGAACCCAGCAGAUGCUAUUUUCACGAUGGCGAUGGCGUGUGUGAAGACUUUGAGAAGAAGACCAGCACGCGGGAUUGCGGUCUCUACACGCCCAGUGGUUUUAUGGAUCAGUGGGCAAAUAAUGUCACCGUCUCACACCACGACGAUCAACAUUGCCCGGGAUGGGUGAUCAUUGGCCAUCCAGCUGCUCCAAAGGUGUGCAACACUCGAGUUGUGGAUGUGACAGACGGCGAGGCUCAGUAUGCGUGGUUUCCUUGCACAGAAGCCUUUCGCAGUGUUUCAUUCUUCCCCGCAAAAUACGGGUUGAAGGCCUACUUUGCUCAGCCUAUGGUGGCUGCUGCUGUCAUUGUUCACCUGGCUACUGAUGGAAUUACCGUCAUGGAUCAAAAGCAAGAAUCAAUCGCAGUUCAGUUGGUUGACACAAAGGAUCAGAAUCAUGACCUGGGAAUGCAUCUCGUAAACUGCUGGAACAACCCCCUCGUUAUCGCUGUCAUUCACGACCUCAGCAAGCCAUUCUACAGGACCACCGCCAUCCUAAUUACCUUCGAGUCACCAUACAUCGCCAUCUCUGGGGUGGCCCUGCGUUCCUUCCACAACUUUGACCCCAUUACAAUUAGUAGCUGCCAAAGCAGUCAGAUGUACAACCCCACGGAGCAGAGCUGUGUCCAUUAUUCUUGUGAAGCCACCGACUGCCAGGAGCUGAAGCUUAACAACGCAGUGCUGAAUUGUACAGGGGCUGGCCACUACAAUGGGGACCAGUGCACCGUAUCCUGCAAGGAAGGCUUUGUGUUUCACCAGCGCAGAGAUGAAGAGAGCACCAAAGGGCAGUCUAAAUUGGAGAUGACCGUCACCUGUACGGAUGGCAAAUGGAACCAGCAUGUUCCGUGUGAGCCGGUAGACUGCGGGAUCCCUGACCAGUAUCACGUCUACCCUGCCACCUUCUCUUGCCCGGAAGGGACCACUUUUGGGAAGCGGUGCUCCUUUCAGUGUCGACCACCGGCUGAACUCCGAGGGACCAAUAACACUCUGGACUGCCUCGGUGAUGGCCUGUGGUCUUUCCCUGAAUCCAUCUGUGAGCUGCUGUGCCUGGCUCCAACACCUGUGCCCAACGCUGAGCUCCAGAGCGCGCACUGCCACCAUGAUGGCCACAAGGUUGGAUCAUCGUGCAAGUACAAGUGCCGAGAGGGAUACUACGUCCCCAUAGACGGGAAAAAGUCACGGAAGCGGUCUUUCAAGACUAAGUGUACGGAGGAUGGGAGCUGGCAGCCAGGAGUGUGUGCCCCUGUCACGUGCAAGGCGCUCCCCGCAAAGUUUCACGGCACUUACCAUUGUACCAACGGCUUCCAGUUCAACAGCGACUGCUGGAUGAACUGCAGCGAUGCCAACAACCAGACCGAACCUGUCAAUGUGAUUCGAUGCCAGAUGAAUGGGACGUGGAACGGCUCACUACAGGUGUGCAGCUCAAUGAAGGGAGACUGCCCUCAUCCUCACCAUCUCAACACACACAUACGACUGAGCUGCAAAGAUGGUUAUGGCAUAGGUGCAGAAUGUACCCCUUUGUGUUUGUUACAUCAACAUGACCCCGUGUUCCUACCAAGUAACAUGACUGCAGACAGCGUGAGAUUCUGGAUGAGCCCUCAGAAGGCAAAGAAUAUAGUUUGUACGGCAGGACAUACGUGGCACCCACACCCUAAAACGAUUCACUGCAUUAAAUCUUGUGAGCAGGCUUUCAUGAGGGACAACUAUUGCGAUGGAAUUAACAACCGAGCCUACUGCAGUUAUGAUGGAGGGGAUUGCUGUGCUUCUACAGUCCUCACUAAAAAGGUGGUACCUUUCCCCAUGUCUUGCGAACUUCAUGGGGAGUGCGCCUGCCGGGACCCGGCUGCCCAGGAGCACAGCAAAGCGAGGCAGCAACGGUACUUCCACGGGCACCAUUAGUCGGGAGGAGCCGGGGAGAACUACACACAGCGGAAGGCGGACUGGGAGAUCGACACACAAUACUUGCUGCUUAACGGAGGAACACCUCUGAACAGAUGAUACUCUCACACACACACACACACACACACACACACACACAAUUCGACUGGUCUGCCUUCUGUCUGAAGACUGGAGUGAGAAAAACAAAGGAAUAAAGACACAAACGACACAUUGAAUGAACAAACCCCACAAAAAAAAAAUAGCAUGAUUUAUGCCUGCUUCGGAGGCCGUCCACAGGCCAAAACCCCUUCAACACCGACCCACCCACCCACCCGCACCCCUACAUCACCCUCUCCCCCCAUAUAUAUUUAAAGAUUUCUUUUUAAAAAAGGGUUACAAACACAAUCCCGCCAAAUCCAAAAAAAAGUUUAGGCAAAGUGAAAAACAAUAAGUUCAGACGCAACACAAAAGAUGAUCAUCCAUCAAAAGAUUACAGAACAAUUUAGAGAUGGAGCAAUGAUUACAGAAAGGAAACAGCGGUCACCAUGGCUGCUGCUGCUGCUGCUGCUGCUGCUGCUGCCCGUAAACUAACCUACUCAGAGUGUGAGGUCAGGUUAACACCAAACUCAAACUUCAGUCUAUCUGCCUUAAGCAAAACUUCAGCUCUGUUUUAAAACCCUUUGAUUUCAUCUCUUAAUCUUUCCAUCGAAAACAGACCCAGCCAAAAGAAUGGGCCACAUUACCAGGGAAACAGAAUCUGCUGGCACUCAUUCCAAUUGCUCUUCCCAUGGAACCAAUAUUGAGUCAGGCCAAUACUUCAGACCAGUAUAAAGGUACACUUAGUAGAUUGGCGUUUGAGUGUGGGAAUAUCACCGCAAGGGUGAUCAGUGAGCGGAAUAAACCUCGGGGGAGGAAGAGAGGCAAAAAGGUCUUGAAACGGUUGCAUCUGUGACAAACAAGUUAUUUUGUUAUGAGCAGCUAGUAAACAUUGGCCGUGCAAACCCCAAGGACUACCUGGCAAAGCCAGGUCUGCAACACGAAGGAACUGCGGAUGCUGGGUUUACACCAAAGAUAGACACAAAACGCUGGAGUAACUCAGCAGGUCAGGCAGCAUCUCCGGAGGACAGGAAUCGGUGACGUUUUUCGUGUCUUGAUCCGAAACAUCACCUAUUCCUUUUCUCCAAAGAUGCUGCCUGACCCGCUGAGUUACUCCAGCGUUUUGAGUCUAUUUACAGAGAGCCUUAGUUUAAGUUUAGGUUCAUCUUUGUCACAUGCACCGACGUACCGUGAAAAACCUUGUUUUUGCAUUCCAUCCAUACAGAUCAGACAUACCAUAUAUAGUUUAGUCACAUUUAUUAUUGUCACGUGUAGCGAGGUGCACUGAAAAACGUUUUUUUUUUGCGUGCUUUCCAGUCAAGAAAAAACUGAACAUGUAAAAAUACAGAGAUACAAGUCCUAUCUGGGAUAAAAAUGCUGGAGAAACUCAGCGGGUGAGGCUGCAUCUAUGGAGCGACGGAAAUAGGCAACGUUUCAUAGAAACAUAGAAAAUAUGUGCAGGAGUAGGCCAUUCGGCCCUUCGAGCCUGCACCACCAUUCAAUAUGAUCAUGGCUGAUCAUCCAAUUCAGUAUCCAGUUUCGACACGUUGCUGCCUUUACACUCCAAAGACAUGCAGGUUUACAGGUUAAUUGGCCUGGUAUAAAUGUGAAAAUUGUCCCUAGAGUAGAAUAGUGUUAAUGUGCGGGGGAUUGCCGGUGGGUGGGCCGAAGGGCCUGUUUCCGCGCUCUAAACUAUCUCUAAACUAGACUAAACUAAACAAAACUAGAAGGAGGAAACAUCAAGGGAAGGAUUUUGACUGAACAUUUUGUUCAGUCCAGUUAAGUUCAGUUUAUUAUCAUGUGUACCGAGGUAUGGUGAAAAGCGUUUGUUGCUUUUCAUAUCCUUGGCUUUAGCGAGAAGGCAAAUCCUGGCUCUGGUUCCAUAAGUUUUUAACAAAGAGAGCAAAGUGCAACAUUCCCAGCAGAACGCAAUCGUCCAAUCUUUAUUGUGGUGGCGAUGCAACUCAAAGCUUUCCCACAGACAGUAUUUCCCCAUCAACCUGUAGGUUAGGACCUCAGUUGACUCAUACUUUUGGCUGGUUGAGGUGUGUCAAAACAAAAAAAGUAGAACAUGCCAAUUUCAAAGGGAAUUUGAAGCAAUACAAGCUACCUCCCAUCUCUCUUCCAUUUUGCCUGGUUUUAACUGUCGGUCCUUAUUGGUUUUACCUGUGUUGUUUUAAAGAAAAAAAUAUUUCAUGCUGCAGAUUCCUGACAGGCGAGGUUGUGCAAACUACAUGGUCUGAGAUUGAAAAGAGAAAAAAAAAAUCUACCACAGCAUUAGGGUUUAGACAUAAAAAAAAACAUAGUUCUCCAUAGGAUUUUGGUGUGCAGUUGCGUCUUAAUGUCUUGUCGAUUUUCGUGCAUAGUAUUAACUCCAGCUAGAGGAAAAGAAAAGAACAACUUUUUGACAUUUAAUUGUUUAAGUGUUUAAAGUGUUUAUUUGUACUUUUGUUAUAAACUUUUGCUUAAUUGUAUUUAAUCAGUAUUUUUAUUGUGCUCGGUAACUGCAUUUGGAACUCCUGUACAGUCAUUUGCAAAAGUCUACAUCAAUGUUUGUUUCUUGAAAAGCUGCUAAAGUCAGACAGGUAUUUUUUUUGUAUCCAAAUCUAUUUUUAAAUUUUAAGUUUUGUUUCCUAAGGCUUUGCAUACAUAAUAUCUCGUGCAUUUAAACAUUUUUUGUUAAAAAGAGGUGAUUAGUUUAGCUACAAUAGCAGCCAUUAUAUAAGGGACAGUCAGAUGCAGAGAGCACGGACGGGAAGCAAAAACCCGAUCAAAUGUUGCCGUUAAAAGAGUUAAUACUCACACUUCCAUUCAAACCUUUCAUACGACGGUAAGAUUUGUUGGGAAGACCCUUGGCUCUUGCUAAUUAAUCACAAAUAUUUUGUUUUAUAUACUCAAUGAAAAUUGUAUUAAGAUAAUAGUUAUUCAAUAUUUGCUUUUUUUUUCCUUUUGUUGUUAUUUAACAGCAUACCAAGAACAUUGCUGAUUUUAACAAUGAAAUAUUUCAUUCAUGGGAGGCAGAUAAAUUCAGUCUAAAUACCGAAUUCUGACCAUCGAUUUAAGUACCAGGUCACAUUUGCUGGUGGGACGCUGGUUAUUUUCUCUCAAGUAAACUGGUCACGAUAAUAUCUUUUAAAAACACUCUCUCUCUCCCCCCACGACCAAUCCUUGUGAACAGAAGUUAAACUUACUGGCAAAAUUCCCACAUUAUCUAUAGAGGCAUUUUUAUUUUCCAGAAGUACAAGAAUUCUUGGAUUCUAAUUGAUCAUUUACCUGUCUGCAUAAUACAUUUCAAGCUGUGAUUUCUUUGAGGGAGGAAAUAUUUUCAUAUGGUAACCGCCAUUGUGAAAAACCUGGUAUUUAUUAGUCAUUCUAGUUACUUGUUGGGCACCUUAUGGAAGUCAUAAAAUCAAUAAUCAAAUGAAGUGCUGAAAAAAAAAUUAUAAAUGUAACAGUCUACUGUAAUAUCAUAUCUUUUGCUGUACCUCAUGCCUGUAAGCUAGCUGCUUUUUAAUGUUUAGUUAAUUUAAAUUUCCUAGCAAUAUAUAAAGAUGUAAAUAGUAGAGUUAUUUAUUAAGAAUGUCAUCCAUUUUUAAUUUAUAUUUACACUUUUAUCAUCUAAAUUAUUUUUACAACUUAUACAUUUCCGUUGUUACAGCCAUUUUAUUGCCAUAAUGGUAUGAAGGAUAUGAGAGAUCUCCAAGAGACAAACACUGUGUUCCUCCUGUUGGUCUCUCAUGUUGAAGUACAGACCUUCUAACCACAUGCAAUUUAGGGUAACACAUGCAUCUGUGGACUGAUUAGCCUUUGCCAUUGCUGUGACUCUCUUUGAAAACAAAACCUCGAUAUACCUCCUGAAGUGGUUUUGGGUCGAUCAAUGACCAAGUAUCAAUGGCGUGUAAUGAACAAGUGUAUUAGAUAGUGCCGCUGUUAAAAUGGCCCGAGUCCUACGGAUGGGUUGAGUUAGAAAGCAAACCUUACAUUUCAAAUAGGUGAAAUUGAUCGGAUGAAGCAGUUCCAAUUUUCCUCAGUACAUCUACCAGAUGUGCCCGGCCAUGCUUAUAUUUUUUCUGCUUUGUCCGUCCCCUUUUCUCUACCAUCUUUCUCCCCCCCC